AUGUCCUUCACCGGGACAUCCUCCCUCCUUCUCCGCCGCUUCAUCCGCCCCUUCACCACUACCACCUCGCCCAUCCUCCUCUCUCUGACUGGAAAUUCCAGCUCGGCAGCAGCAGCAGCGCAAUCCUCGUCAAAAAUGUCCAGCACACCACAGACCGCCACCCUCGCCGCGGGCUGCUUCUGGGGUGUGGAGCAUCUCUUCCGCAAGCAUUUCGGGAAUGGGAAGGGUUUGCUCGAUGCUAAGGUUGGAUAUUGUGGUGGGAAGUCCACGGCGCCUUCGUAUAGGGCUGUUUGUUCGGGGGAUACGGGUCACGCCGAAGCCCUCCAAGUAACCUACGACCCCUCCCUAGUCAGCUACCGCCAACUCCUCGAAUUCUUCUUCCGCAUGCACGACCCGACUACCAUGAACCGCCAGGGACCCGACGUGGGCACGCAGUACCGGUCCGCGAUCUUCACGCACGGCGACGAGCAGCAGAAGACCGCCGAGGGCGUCGCGGAGAAGGUCGCUGCGCAGUGGUUCAAGCAGCCACUUUCGACGCAGAUCGUCCCCGCGGGACCUUGGUGGGAUGCGGAGGAGUAUCAUCAGUUGUAUUUGAAUAAGAAUCCUGCGGGGUAUGAGUGUCCGGCGCACUUUGUGAGGAACUUUCCGCCUCUGGCGGAUUGA